AUGGAUUCUAAUAAGAAAACUGUUCACUCUGACAGAAGUGCCAAUUUUGGUGAUGCAGAGAUAAAACUCUUGCUGGAUCUAGUUGUAAGAUUUAAAUCUGUCAUACUAAACCGCAACAUAAAUGCAAAUACAAAUUUGGCUAAAGAAAAAGUAUGGCAACAGAUAGCAAAAUUAUUUAAUAAAGAAAAAAUAAAUGUGCAUAGAAGUUCUGAUAAUUUGAAAACAAAGUGGUUAAAUUUAAAAAGAGAUGCAAAGAGAAUACACAAUAAUUCACCUUGUGAAAUGAAUGAUGUGCAGAAAAAAGUAUUCCAGUUAUCAUAUGAGUCAGUCAAUGAUCCCAGUCUUCAAGUAGAAAUCUCGGAACUGGAUCUAUAUGAAGACUCAGAACCUGAGGAGUUACUAAAUGAGAACACAAAUGAUACAUUUUUGGAUGACAAAGGGAGUUCUUCUCAUUCUGAUAUUGAUGACGAAAAACCGUUGAAGGCUAGGGACCGCUGCUACAAGAAACGAAUGGAAUUAGAAAGAAGUCAAUGA